UUAGCGUUUCAAAAUAUGUGUCUGACGUUGAACGUACGGAACAAUGAAACCGGAUUACCCAUUAAUGACGUGUUCCUGCGACACGUCACUGAAUUCCAACAGCUACGGAAGCGGUGCGGUGUCGAGAUCUACAACGCCGUUGAUCAAGGGUUCAGUGUCUUCAGAAUGGGUGGGUGGUUUUCCAGUCUCUUCUCUGGCCUGUUUGGCACCAGAGAGAUGAGGAUCCUGAUCCUGGGGUUGGACGGAGCUGGUAAAACUACCAUCCUGUACCGCCUGCAGGUCGGAGAGGUGGUCACCACCAUUCCAACAAUCGGCUUCAAUGUGGAGACGGUGACGUACAAAAACCUGAAGUUCCAGGUGUGGGAUCUUGGUGGACAGACGAGUAUUAGGCCAUACUGGCGUUGUUACUACUCUAACACGGAUGCUGUCAUCUACGUGGUGGACAGCAGUGACAGAGACAGAAUGGGCAUCUCUAAGUCUGAGCUUGUCGCCAUGCUGGAGGAAGAGGAGUUGAAGAAAGCCAUCCUGGUGGUGUUUGCUAACAAGCAGGACAUGGAGCAGGCCAUGACCCCGGCUGAGGUGGCCAACUCCCUGGGCCUCCCCGCCCUCAAAGACCGGAAGUGGCAGAUCUUCAAGACCUCCGCCACCAAGGGCACAGGCCUGGACGAGGCCAUGGAGUGGCUGGUAGAAGCCCUGAAGAACAGGCAGUAAAGACAGCCCACACCUCUUGUUCUCUGUAAAUACUCCGGAUCUCCUGUAUUAAAUACUUCCUGAUUGGACCGCUCAGGAGGACCAGUGACUGCACUACUUCCAGGGGCACGUUCAGUACGCAAACGUUGUAGAUAGAAAUGUCAUGAAUAGCACUGACGUGUGACACGUAGAGUAAGGAAUCACUCUACGUGUCACACAACACAUUUCUAUAUGAAGGUUCCACAACGUUGUGCCCUGCUGAAAACAGCCCUGAAGCCUUCACCAUGCCUUCCAGUCUGGGAUAGAGGCUGCAAUAUAGUAUACUACCUGGUCCCAAAAUAAUGUUAUUGCCCCAGCCCAUAGCCCUGGUGUUUCAGAACUGAAGGGAACCAGAUAAUGUGGUGAUGGCUUCACACGUAAUUAAACAAUGAGGAGCUUCUGUCAUUUUUGGUGAACCCUUCCAGCUCCUUCUGAUCUGUAAAGACCCAAAGGGGUUGGUGUUGGCUCAGGCUCAAUUUUCAGUGGUAAAGAACUGACUGGCCCCUUCAAGGAAGAGGACCUGAGCGAUGUUACUGCAGCUGGUGCUGUUUUUUGUAUUGUACUACUCAUGCUGAGUCAUGUCUUUUUCUUUUCUAAAACUUCUGUUGGGCGUGUAAUUUAAAGUUUGAGGUUGUUAGUUUAGGCCUUUUCAUUUGGAAUGCUCAAACUUUAAUAAUCAGAUUGUGUAAAUGCCACUAGCCAGUUGUUGAACACUAACCGCUUAAUUUGUAUGCUACAACUUUUAUUGCAUAUUUAUAGGAGCUUGUACAGUGAAGACAACCCACAGUAAACUGAUUUCACACUGAGUAUA